GAAGGAUCAGGAAGGUGGAGAAGAAAAGAAAUCUGUGCAAAAGAAAAAAGUGAAAGAGUUAAAGGUGUUGGAUUCAAAGACAGCCCAGAAUCUCUCAAUCUUUUUGGGUUCCUUCCGCAUGCCCUAUCAAGAGAUUAAGAAUGUCAUCCUGGAGGUGAAUGAGGCUGUUCUGACUGAGUCUAUGAUCCAGAAUCUCAUUAAGCAGAUGCCAGAGCCAGAGCAGUUAAAAAUGCUUUCCGAACUGAAGGACGAAUAUGAUGAUCUGGCUGAGUCAGAGCAGUUCGGCGUGGUGAUGGGCGCUGUGCCCCGCCUGCGGCCUCGCCUCAAUGCCAUCCUCUUCAAGCUGCAGUUCAGUGAGCAAGUGGAGAAUAUCAAGCCAGAGAUUGUUUCUGUCACUGCCGCAUGUGAGGAGUUGCGAAAGAGCGAGAACUUCGCUAGCCUCCUAGAGAUUACCUUGCUUGUUGGAAACUAUAUGAAUGCUGGUUCCAGGAAUGCUGGUGCUUUCGGCUUCAGUAUCAGCUUCCUCUGUAAGCUUCGAGACACCAAGUCCACAGAUCAGAAGAUGACGUUGUUGCACUUCUUGGCUGAGUUGUGUGAGAGUAACUAUCCCGAGGUCCUCAAGUUUCCAGAUGAGCUUGCCCACGUGGAGAAAGCCAGCCGAGUUUCUGCUGAAAACUUGCAAAAGAACCUAGAUCAGAUGAAGAAACAAAUUUCUGAUGUAGAACAUGAUAUUCAGAAUUUUCCAGCUGCCACAGAUGAGAAAGACAAGUUCGUUGAAAAAAUGACCAGCUUUGUGAAGGAUGCACAGGAACAGUAUAACAAGCUGCGGAUGAUGCACUCUAACAUGGAGACGCUCUAUAAGGAGCUGGGCGAGUACUUCCUCUUUGACCCCAAGAAGGUGUCUGUGGAAGAAUUCUUCAUGGAUCUGCACAACUUUAAGAAUAUGUUUGUGCAAGCAGUCAAGGAGAACCAGAAGCGGCGGGAGACAGAGGAGAAGAUGCGGCGAGCAAAACUGGCCAAGGAGAAGGCAGAGAAGGAGCGGCUGGAGAAGCAGCAGAAGAGAGAGCAGCUCAUAGACAUGAAUGCUGAGGGCGAUGAGACAGGUGUGAUGGACAGUCUUCUGGAAGCCCUGCAGUCAGGCGCAGCAUUCCGGCGGAAGAGAGGACCCCGUCAGGGCAACAGGAAGGUCGGGUGUGCAGCCAUGUCUCAGCUAGAAUCAGUGCUGACCAGGGAUGAUGCCAUGACCUGUGUUCCUGCCAAGAUGUCCAAGAAGAGCGAGGAAGUCCCCACCAUCCUUGAGGAGGCCAAGGAGUUGCUCGGCCGUGCAAGCUAAGCCAGGUCCUGGGGCCAUGGCAGCUCCUCAGUGGAGCUCCAGACUGUCCCUGCUCUGCAGCAUGUGCCUGAAGGGUCACAGAGAUAUUCCUCUGCGGUGGCCACUCGCAUCACCUUGACCCCAUCUUUGUCUCCAGCCUGCUGCUCUCUGUACAUCACACACAGCUUCAGCUGCCUGGAGGCCAGAAGGAAAGGGCAGUGUGGGGAGGCCUGAAGCCAACCUGGCCAGCCCUGGCUCUCGUAUUACCAAAGCAGGCUCUGUGUUUGCUGCCUUAACCCCAAGUGUCUCCUCCGUUCUCCGUGGCCUCAUCUCAGGCAAGGCCCCACCUGCUUUCUCAGCCCCUACCUUUCCCGUGGGCUUUUGCCUAGGUCAGUCUUGCUGGGUUUGUGCUUUCUUUUGUGUUUUCUCUGGCCCUGAGAACAGCAUGGGCUGGUGAUCCUCUGGGCUCUGUCCUUCCUUUCAUUGCUGUCACCACCACCCCGCCCCCCUGCUCUCCCUGCCCCUGGCUCUUGUUAUUACUAGGGGUGGGGCAUUGGGAGCUGCUUCCAAGGAAGUGGGGAGCAAAUCCCCCUUAUCCCACUCUCUGGGAAAGCCCUCCCCAAACAAAAAGAACCUGGACCACUUUUAUCUGUUCUCCUGUGGCCUAGGCCAGAGCCUAGGGCAAGCAGGCAUGGCACAGGUGGGACCUGCCCCCAGCCUGCUGCCAAGCUCUCUGCCCUUGCCUCUCUGGACCCUCUGCACCAGCCCUAGGCCCUUCUCACGCCCUCCCUAGAGCUUUGGUGCAUCUCAUCCCAACACCUUCUCCUCUGUCUCCAGGGAAAUGGGAGGUGGAGCCUCCUGGCUGAGAAAUUGUUUUGCAAAAGGAUCUAUUUUUAUAUGCAUUUUUUUUUUUAGGAAAAAUAACUCUUCCUUCCUCCUUUCCCCUCCAUAACGUAAGAGGCUUUUAUGGCAGGUUCCAGAGUCCCUGGGAUUUCUCCCCACAAGCCUCAAUUCUGAACAAGCCCCUGGACCUCCAUCUCAGCCCUCAAGCCUCUGGGCCCUUGAGGCCAGUGCAGACUCUCUCUCCCAGCAUCUGACUCUGGGGCAAGGGGAAGCUCUUCUCUUGUUGAGCUGGACCAGGCCUAAGAGUAGUGGGAGCUCUGAAACGACAGAGUUUUUAUAAAUUUAAUAUAUUUAUCAAGCCAAAUGUGCAAAUGCUAACUGGCCACUCUGGAGCAGUGUGCACAGGCUGUGCCCCACCCUGCUCUCUUCUCUGCAGUGGGCAGGCCAGACUCUUUGGCAGUCCCAGCCACAGGAAGCUCAGAUUCUCCGGUCAAGGUGACACUUUGCCCUCCUGUGCUCCUUUCAGCUUCCCACCCCUGGGAGAGAGAAUGGCACUGGUAGGGCCUGGCGCAAAAGUAUAGUUAUUAGAGCAAGGGGGAGCUUAGGAGACCUAAGGGCGCCUGCAGGGAAGCCUUGAGGCCUGGAAGGAGGGUUCUGGUUGUUAGAGCCUGUGUGUGGAGGGGCAACAGCAGGUCCUUUGCACUAUUUCUGGGAGGACCGUGGUGCAGGGGCCUGCUGCUCCCCUAGGUCCCUCCUCCCUGCUGACAUCUGGGGCUUUGACCCUUUCUUUUUUAAUCUACUUUUGCUAAGAUGCAUUUAAUAAUAAUAAUAAAAAAAGGGACAAAAUGCAAACCUGUUCCCCUCACCUCUUGGGCUUCUGGGAUGUCAUCACCUCCGGUUUGUUGGGUUUGUUUUCAACUGUUAAUAAAGCAUCGAAACAGUA